AUGCCUCGCGCCAUCGCAAAAGUGGGAGACCGCACCAUCGCUGAGACCGAAAUAUGGGAGACGGUCGAAGGGAAUAUCUACUUCCCCGUUUCGUCGAUCAAGGACAAAAGCCUUCUCCAGCCGUCCGAUCUGUCUACGUUCUGUCCUUGGAAAGGGCAUGCUUCGUACUGGAGUAUCGUGGUCGAUGGCAAAACGAUUGAGAACGCAGUGUGGUACUACAGCGAGCCGUAUGAUGCGGCCGGUAAUAUUAGAGAUCAUGUAGCGUUCUAUAAGAACAAGGUCGACAUAAUCGAAGAACAGUAGAUGCAAAGAUUUUCAGCAAACAACAGUAUCAUCGAUUAUGAUCAAUCUACAGUUUUGACACUGCGCUGCUUGU